UGUUAUGUCUUUGCUUAUGUAAACUGUGCGAGUAGCGCUCUAAGUAACGUGCAUGUUUACUCUUUAGAGUGCGUAUAACUGAUAUCUGCAUGAUGUAAUGUUUCUCUCUCAAAACGGUGGAUGAACAGAUCAAAAGUGACAGAUACGCAAUUUGAUACUGAGGAUAGAAUUUUUGAAAGCCAACUAACACGCAGUGUACAAAAAAUGAACAUCCAACUGGGUAAAACGUCCAUUGUAAUAGUGUGCGGAGCAACGGCAGUUUUGGCAAUCGUAUAUUGGGUAAAGCGGCGAAAAACUAAACAAACUAAACCAGAGGUGAAGAGUUCUGUUAAUGGAGAACUGAUUUGCGAACCGAUUGAAACCACAAGCGAUGAUCGAGUGGAAAGUGUACCGGCAAAGACCAUCAAAAACGAUACGCUGCAACAGAUAUUACCCAAAGAAUGGAGAAAAAUAGGACACGUAAACGAACUGUUUAUUUAUCCAUUGAAGUCGGGUCGUGGAAAAUACUUAAAAGAAUCCGUUUUCACUGAUUAUGGUAUCAGUGUGAACAUCGAUAACAGAUAUUUCUCGCUGAGAGACAGAAUGUUCCUCGUCUAUAAUGAAGAAACUGGCGAGUUCAGAACAAGCAGAAAUUAUCCCACAUUGAUCUUAGUGACCCUAAGUGCUGUAGACACAGACAAUGUAAAACUAGAGGCAGUUGGGAUGCCUUCCGUGACGUUCAAGGUCCCAGAAAGCACUGUCAAAAGCGUCUCGACUCCAGCUCCUUGCUUGUUGUGGUGGGGCGGAACCCUCGAGUGCCUUGACUGCGGUUCCGAAGUAGCUAAAUGGAUAUCUAAGUUUUUAACUGGGACCAAUAACGGUCUUCGAUUAGGCUGUGCUACCGGAAGAAGGAAUAUCGACAGUGCAGAACAGGAGCCAUGGGAAAAUUUCGACGACGUUUACGCCACUUUGAAGAACACAAGCACUGGCCUUUCAUCAGACUUGGGCAGCUACAUGGUGAUGUCUGAAUCCUCGGUCCACGAGCUUAACCAAAAGAUGGACCGUCCAGGUCUUGCUUUACAGUUUAGACCAAACAUCGUUAUAGCAGGACCCGAACCUUUCGCGGAGGACAACUGGGACUGGAUUAAAAUCGGGGAGGGUGUAGUGAUAAGAAAUGUCAAGCCAUACUCGAGUUUCAGAGGCCAAAGAAAUCCGCAAAGGGUUCAGGUGGAAGGCAAAGCACCGACGAUGGGGAUUUACUGCGGUAUUUACCAAACUGGGAACGUUCAAGUUGGAGACGAUGUUUACAUCAAUCAACCUUCAUCUGAGAAAUAUGUGAAAACGAAUAGAUCUGUUAGAUCUGAGGAUCAAGGAUAUGAAUCGCAACGCUUUCUUGAUCAAGAAGCUAUAAUGAAUAAUCAUAAUUUUGGCAACAAUGGACUGUCGUAAAUUUUGAUAUUAUUUGUUAUAAAUCUUGUACCUUAUUUUAACUUAUUUUCACGAGUUACAAUACUGCGUCAGCAGUUCCAACAGUACAAUGGUUCACUAGACUCUCGACUCAUGAGCCUGACCUGCGAUGUUAUAAAUUAUUGGUAAUAGAAAUAUAAACAUUCUUAGGACCAAAAUGAAACUAUUUAUAUUUAACUUAAGCAUUAAGAAAAGAGAAUAAUAUGUUACAACACAAAUAAAGGCAAGUCAAUAGCUGUAGACUUAUAAGUGAGAUAAGAGUAUAUAAUAUACAUA